UCCGGACACAUCAUCCACCAAUCAUAAUAGUCGGCACACACAUGGAUCAGGUCAACGUCAGGUUUACGAAUGAGACUCCUGAUGAGAGAGGUAAAAGACUGCAGAGCAUGCUUUUAAACAUAUGCGGCAUCACUGAGCUUGUGAAUGCAAAGAAGGGCGAAGGGUUAGUUUUCCUUCGAUUUUGCACUGUUGAUAAUUCCAUACACGACGAUCCGGCUUUUGAGAAGAUAAGAGAGUACAUCCUGGAAGCAGCAGUGUACCAGGACCAGUGGGAAAGAGAACUGCCAGGCUCAUGGCUUGCUCUAGAGAGGGAAAUUCUAAAACAACGAGAAUGGAAACACGUUAUGACAAUUCAAGAGAUCAAAGAAUUGGAUGACCAAUGUGAAUAUCCCAUUGGUGAUGAAGAAAACAUCAAGAUGUUUCUGGAGUAUGAUCAAGUGUUUUUCAUGUGUAUAAUUUUAUGUAACAUAAAUGUAUAAUAAUGCAAGAGAAGAUUUAGGUCAUCAUGUUGAUAUUCCCAAACUUUUCUAAAACUACCGUCUUUAGAGAUGCUAAAGUGCCGACAUUCAUGUCACGAAGAGAAAACAGAUGUAUUUCAUGUGUAUAUAAAACAAUUUAAACUGAUGGCCCGGACACUUGAUAUUGACAAAUCAGUGUGUUGUUGGUGCUU